CGUGCUGCAAUACUUGGCUUGUGGUGCUGUCAACAUGUCUGAAAUUCUCCCCUACAGCGAGGAUAAGAUGGGGCACUAUGGCUCAGACACCGAGGGGCAGAUCUCAUUCAGCUGCCGUCUGCAGGACACCAGCGCUUUCUAUGGGGGCAACCAGCAGAAAAGACCCCCAAAACUGGGACAGAUCGGAAGAGCAAAGAGAGUUGUUAUUGAAGAUGACAGAAUAGACGAGGUGCUGAAGGGGGUGUCGGACAAGUCUCCCUCCGGAGUAUAAGGUGUGGAAGUGGUUGCUCUCCAGCGCUCACUCUCCUCCCUGAUUUGUAAGCACUUUUGGCUGUGCAUGUUUGUGGACAUGGAGAAGAAGGAAAGGCUUUGAGGCUGCUGGCAAAUCUCCACCCUCCACCUUGAUCCAGACCCUCUGCAGGUCUCCUGAUGGUGCCAUCUGGCUCCCCACACCACUCAGUCCUCGCCAAUGACCUCCAAUGUGGAGAUAUCCAUUUCAGCACCUUCCUAUUUCCCUUGUCACUGUCCCUCACCCUGGGCUCUGGGGGCAGUGAUGAGUCUCAACUCAUGUUAAAGCCAACCCUACAAUGCACUGGCUGCUGUUGUCCUUAGCACCUGUCUGUGUGCCAAGAAGGUGCUUGUUGACUGGAGCACCAUGGAGUUUGUGCCUAUCAACUCCAAUCCUUGCCAGGUGCUGCCUCCUCCUCCUGCCUCACAGUGUACACCCCCAGGGGCUGUAGGUUGUUAGAAAUGCACUUUAUUCUGACAAUAUGUGUCUCUAGUGAAGUAAUAAUCUUUAGCUGUGUGCGUAUUUGUGGGCCCACAGGGAACCCACCUGCGCAGCUGUGUUGAUAUAUCUAUAUAUAUUUAUAUAUAGUCAUGUGUAUAUAUAGGUAUAUAUAGGUUGAAUUGUGAUUAUUAAUACCAUGUCCCCUCCAGUUCAUCAGUAAACCAGCAUCAGAACAAUAAUAGACUGGACAGCCAUCCAUUCUUCCCCAUUUUGCCCCUCAUGAUCAAGAUACCAGCAGGUCGGAAGCAGAGCAGCUGGAGGGCGCAGAGCAGGCACAGGCCGUCCUUUUGCUGUCCAAACCCAAGCAAGACUAAGACUUUAUUUGCUCCAUCUCUUGCAUGAGCUUCCGAAUUCAUCCUGGACCCCUCCCCAGCACGCUCCUUUUUAAGAGGAACCCUUUACAUUUGUAUUUUUAUAAACAACUCUUUGUUAAUAAUCUGAAUUCUGAUAUAUGCUGGUGACUGUGCAAUGUCACAUCAGAGACACAGCCACCUUCUGGAUGCAGAAUGAUUGUCAGCCAGCUGGAUGGCAGUUUAGGGCAGUCACUGGGGGGUGCCCUUAUCAGGUGUUCAUGUAACAUACUGCUGCCACCACCACGAAUGUGUGAAAACUGACCCAGGUGAUAGUGACAUGGGUACAAUCAGUAUGUGCUGACAAGAUUCACAUCAAUAUGCUGCUUGCUGCAAGAUGUCUGUUCCAUGUCAGCUCUGUCUCCCUUACUAAUGUAUUAUAUAGUUCAUGUUUAAAUACAAAAUGCUUUAUAUCCAGCUAAACUUGUUAUAUAUAAAUAUAUAUAUUAUAUGAUAUAUGUGCUUGUUUUACAUUGUGUACAUGUA